AUGGAUCCCAGCCUUUUAUUUUAUUUAAGCUCUAGCGAAAGCGAAAAUGACGAAAGAGUUGUGCGUAAGCAACUUCGGGGCAGAAGCAAUCCAUUGGUAUUAUCCGACAACGCAUUCAUCAAAAGAUUUCGGUUAAGCAAGAAGGCAUUUCAGUAUGUUUUAUCGAAAACAAACAUAAACUGCGAUGACACAAAAGCCGUUCCUGCUGCUUUGCAAUUGGCUGCAAGCCUCUCGCUCCUUGCAAGUGGUAGCUAUAAGCAAACAGUUGGUAGCGAUUACCUGAUAGGUAUGUGCCAGAGCACGGUAUCAAAAUUGACGUCCAACGUCUUAAAAGAAAUAGAACGCAAAUUGUGUCCGGAAUUUAUAAAGUUCCAGCCCAACGAAUCUUCAAGAUGUAAGGAGCGGUUUGCGGAAAAAUAUAAAAUACCUGGAGUGGUUGGAUGCGUAGACGGAACACACAUUGGAUUACAAAAGCCAAUUAGAGACGAGCACAUGUACUUCAACAGGAAAGGUUACCAUAGUCUUAACGUUAUGCUAAUUUGUGACCACACUUGCAAUAUUCUUGCCAUAAAUUGUCAAUAUAGAGGUGCAGCACAUGACUUCUGA